CCGCAACGAAGGCGAAUCCCCUCUUUUAUUCACUUAGGUACCAAGUUAAUCCAAAACCAACACGCAGUGUAACAAAACAAAGUUAAUUGUUUAGGUAUCAUUUGCUCACUUAAAUCUAGAUAAUCAAAUGAUUGAUAACGAAAUGUUUGCCAAAACUGCCAUAAUUUUUAUUUUAAUGAAAUUUGUUUGUUCCGAUAAUGGAAAUUCUAUAAUCCAGUUACCCAAUGGCAAAAUUUUAGGUCGCGAAGCUGUAACAUUUGAUAAAAAGAGCUACUAUGCUUUUGAAAAGAUUCCUUAUGCCACUCCUCCACUAGGAUCACUGCGAUUUAAAGCACCACAAUCUGCUCAAAAUUGGGAUGGAAUUCUUAAUACAACUCAUAUGGAUGUUACUUGUAUGCAAGUAACAAAGAACUUAUCGAAGGAAUCUGAAGAUUGUCUCUAUCUCAAUGUCUACACUCCUCAACUUCCUCACAAUGACAAUGUUUCGUUUCCGGUAAUGCUAUACAUACAUGGGGGUGCCUUUAUGCAUGAGUCAAGUAUGGAUUCCGCCCCCGAUCUGUUUCUCAAUAACGAUAUUAUUUUUGUAUCUAUUAAUUAUAGAUUAGGACCUUUUGGUUUCCUUUCAACGCAAGAUGAAGUCAUUCCAGGUAACAAUGGUUUAAAAGAUCAACUUCUAGCAAUACGAUGGACACAUGACAAUAUCAUAUAUUUUGGAGGUGAUCCUGGGAGGAUAAUUAUUUCAGGAGAGAGUGCUGGUUCAGCUAGUGUGGCUUAUCAACUCUUAAAUCCACACUCACAGGACUUAUUUCAAGGGGCUAUUUUAGAAAGCGGCUCAUGUUUGAGUCCUUGGUCAUAUCAAAGGAAUUCCAGAAACAUUGCUUUUGCAACUGCUGCCAUUUUGAAUUCAACAUUUGAAACAAACAACGAUUCACAAGCUUUAUUGGAAUUUCUGCAAAAUGUUGAUGCUCAGGAGUUAGAUGCAGCGGCACAAAAAUAUCUUAACAAGGUAAGUACUCCAUGGGAUUACGACGUAUCGCAAGGAUGUGUUUGGGCUCCUGUAAUUGAACCCAAAAAUCCAGAUGCUUUUCUUACUAAAAAAAUGUAUGGAUUGGUUAAAGCCGGAAACAUUGCAAAGGUACCAAUACUUAUGGGAUUCAAUUCUGAAGAAAGUCUCUACUUUAAUAAAGAUCCAGACACAUUCAAAUCUUCGAUGGAAACUUGGGACAAAAACUUGGAUAUAAUAGUCCCGAAUGACAUGCAAAUUACCGAUCAAGAACAACGCGUAAAAGUGGGCCAAGCGAUUAGAGAAAUAUACACAGGAGGUCAACCGUUUGCUGAUAAUUUGGGAGCUGGAAUUAGAUACUCUAGUGAUACCUCCUUUACUCGACCUAUUCGCAAACACGCCGAAUUUGCUUCGUCUUUUACUCAAAUAUUCUUUUAUCAGUUCUCUUAUGAUGGAAUAUUGGGAAACAUUAAUGUUCAUUAUGAUGGUGCAGAAAAUGUUGGCCAUACAGAGAUUAUAAAGUAUUUGUUUUGUUCAGGAUCAAAGUGUGAUAUUAGUGAGAAUCCAGAAAACGAUCAAAUUACGAGAAACCGGCUCAUCAAAUUAUGGACUGAUUUUGCAAAAAAUCCAACACCGGAACCAUCACAAUUAUUGCAAAAUAUUACCUGGCCAAGUAUUUCCACUGAUCAUGGUGACUUUCCCUAUCUGGAUAUUAAUGAAAAAUUGGAAAUAAAAAAAUUUCCAAAAGAAGAAACUUUUGCAAAAUGGAUCGAACUUUAUAAUGAUUUGGACUACAAAGAUUUUGACACCUACUAACCACAACACGUAGACACACUAAAUACAUUCUUACAAGUGAAGUGUAUUUCGGUUAAAUUUUAGUUAGAUGGUUAUGCUUUUAAAUCACCCUGUAUGUGUAAUAUGUUUUAGGCGACAUCUACUUAAUUAUUUUAAUAGAAUUUUUAUGUAACCACCAUAAAUUCUGUUGAUAAAAAUUGAUCUACAAAAUAUUAUAAAAUACAUGUAAUGACAAUAAAGUAAUUCCAUUAGUUUA